CAAAGGGCAUUACUGGUCAAAUACCCGCUACAUCAGCAAAUCUUAAGCCGUAAUACAUAUACCGAUCGAUGUCUAAAUUGGAUUUUGUUGCACCCAUGGAGAGCAACCAUAACGUUGAAUGGGGGAUAUGCAGAGUGCCGCUCUGGGAAGCUGUUAAAGAGAGGCUAUGCCGAUUUACUCUUGGUUUCGUGCUAAAAUGUGAAGAUCAUCAAAAUGUGUGCACCACCGCUUAUCCCAUCCUUGUCUGUAUGCAAGAUGUCCGGGUUGGGCGACUACUUUGGUCAACACAAGGAUCACCUUCAGGCUGAAAAGGU